AUCUCUCCAACUCACAAUGCGCUUCCUCAUCGUGCUCUGCUUGUUCGGCGCCGCAUGCGCCCAGUAUAAUUACGGACAGGGAAUCGACACCGGCUCUGCCAGCAACAUCAAUCCGAAUAUUGCAUAUGAUGAUUACAGCACCGGCGCUGAGAGCAGACCCGGCGCAUCCUAUGCUUCUUCUGGUGGUGGUCUUAACAAGGAGUUCUACACAUUCGAGGCCAAUGAGGAGGAUUUCAACGAUCCUGCAGCCAGCGAGAGAGUCCUAAAUAGUGCCAAUAGAGGUCUGCGUGUGGUCUUCAUCAAGGGACCCGAGAACCGUGGUCUGGAGAACGCUGCUCUGGCUCUGGCCAAACAGGCUGCCGAGCAACAGACUGCCAUCUACGUUCUCAACAAGCAGACCGACAUCGGAGAUCUGGCCAACAAAUUCAAUGCCAUCCGCCAGAACUCCAACGCCAGACCCGAGGUGCACUUCGUCAAGUACCGCACGCCUGAGGAUGCCGCCAACGCGCAGCGCGCCAUUCAAUCACAGUACGAUUCCCUGGGAGGAACUAGCCAGAACAUAAACGGCGGCAUCGCCCCAGCCAUCAACUUUGCAUCCCGUAGCCCUGUCUCACAAUCUAUCGGUAAUUAUGGCUCCCAAAGCGGGCCCUCCGCUUCCUACUUGCCAGCCAACAUCCUACGCCGCCUCCGUCUGCGUUAGAAGUAAAUAGUCGUAUAAAAUUGUUUCGCCGAUGACG